CUUACAUAUACGUCACAGCCACAAUUUUCUUUGAAAUAUUAUUCUAUCUCUUCAUCCUCUGCCGACACUCACGCGAUCGACCACCCCACUACCCCUCCACCUUACCCGCCGAUAGGGUACGCGCAGUGAGACACGGAAACCUCACUGAACCCUCCUAUCACCUCUUGAAACGACUUCCAGGAGUGGAAUAUUACAGCAAACUACAAAUAUGGCCGCGUUACCAAAGCGGAUCAUCAAGGAGACCGAGCGGCUGAUGGCAGAACCUGUCCCGGGCAUCAGCGCCAUCCCUCACGACGACAACCUGCGCUAUUUUGAUGUUAAGAUCCAUGGCCCCACACAAUCGCCUUAUGAGGGUGGCAUUUUCAACCUCGAACUCUUCCUCCCAGACGACUACCCAAUGACGCCCCCCAAGAUCCGUUUCCUCACCAAGAUCUACCACCCCAACAUCGACAAGCUCGGCCGCAUCUGCCUUGAUGUGUUGAAGAGUCAGUCUCAUAUCCUCCACCAACCUACCCCGCAUCUACCCAUCCACAUACCAAAAUACUAACGCACUCCCAAAGGCAACUGGUCUCCAGCUCUCCAAAUCCGCACCAUCCUCCUCUCCAUCCAGGCCCUCCUCGGCGCCCCUAACCCCGAUGACCCUCUCGCCCCCGAUGUCGCCAAGCGCUGGAAGGAGGAUGAGCCC